ACGGAUUUAGCCAAGAUGAUCACAGACCAGGUGCCAAAACCGCCGUGUCCCUCCUCAUUGCUGGAUGGCUGUCAAAGCAAAGUGGUGGCCCCUCGCAUUCCAAAGCUGGUCAGAGAAGAGAAGAAGAAGGACGCUCCGUUGACUCCAUCGGCCUUCUUGAAGGAGAUGUCCCUCACCACGGAGCAGAGGCUGGCCUGCACUCGGGAGAUGCGCCGGCCCCGGAUUGUGCAGCUCUUGGACAUGAGCGAGACCUCACACCAGAAGUUCUCUUCGGUUGAUCUGGACCAGAGCCUCUUCCAGCCGUUCCCGUCGGAGGUCAUUUUCCAGAAUUUCAUCCCUUGUGAGCCCUACCAAGUGCCACUGAUUCUGCGCAACAAUGACAAGAUCCCGCGGCUGGUGAAAGUCGUCCUGGAGAGCUCGCCCUACUUCAAAGUCAUCAGCCCCAAUGAUGUGUGCAACAAGGUUGCGCCUGGCAUGCCGUCGACGUUCCACGUCCUCUUCAUCCCCGAAGAGAACAAGGAUUACUUCCACGAGCUGACCUGCAUCACCGAACGGGAGAAAUUCAUUGUCCCGAUCCGCGCCCUCGGGGCCCGAGGCAUCCUGGACUUCCCGGACCAGAUCAACUUCUCCACCUGCCCGGUCAAGUACAACACACAGAAGACCCUGCUGGUGCGCAACAUCGGCAACCGAGAGGCCCGCUACCAGAUCAACACACAGAGGCCCUUUUCUGCCGAGCCCUCCAUUGGAACCCUUGGCAUCAGGGAGACAGCCCAAUUCACCAUUGACUUCCAGCCAGAGAAGAGUGGCAACCACUGCCAGGACCUGGUCGUGCAUUACGAUACAGGGGAAGAUGUCCAUGUGGGUUUGUACGGGGCUGCCGCAGAUGUCAACCUGCGACUGGACAAGAACUCCUUGACCGUUGAGAAAACCUACAUCACCCUGGCAAACCAGAGGUCGGUGGUGAUUCACAACCGGAGCGACAUCAUUGCCCACUUUCAGUGGAAAGCCUGUGCCACGCCGGAAGAGGAAGAGCAGAAGAAGCAAAGGCUGUGCCAGACGCUGCAGACGGAGAAGGAGAACGUCCUGGACCAGCUCGUGAUGGAGUGCCACUUGGACCCCUCCCUCCGCGAACACCUCGCCAUCGUCACCCGUACCUUCCAGAACCGCCAGGCCACCGUCCAAGAGGACGCCCUGCUCUUCAACAACAACAUCUUCUCCAUUGAGCCAGUGGAGGGGGAUGUUUGGCCCAACUCCACGGCCGAAAUCAGCGUGAUCUUCAGGCCCCAAGAAGCCGGGAUUUAUCACCACACGGUGUACUGCGACAUCUCAGGCCGAGAGACUCGAUUGCCGCUGCGCAUCAAAGGCGAGGCCAUGGGCCCCAAGCUGCUCUUCAACAUUGACCAGCUGGACAUUGGGAAGAUCUUUGUUGGAUCGUCCCACAGUUAUGAGGUGGUCCUCUCCAACGAAGGUGCGAUCGACGGCCUCUUCAACCUCACCUGGCCGGCCACGGCCCUGGGCUCCUCCUUUGCCUUCCGGCCCAGCGAGGGCAUCAUUGAGCCCAGGAACCAUCAGGCCAUCCACGCCACCUUCAGCUCCACCGUCCUGGGACACUUCUGCGAAGAGUUCAAAUUCAACGUCAACGGCUCUCCCCAGCCUGUCAGUUUGGUGAUCCGAGGCUGCGUCAUUGGACCCACAUUUCACUUCGACGUCCCAUCCCUCAGUUUUGGUGAUGUCUCCUUUGGCUUCCCUCGUUCCCUGUCCUGCUGCCUCAGCAACACCUCCUUAGUGCCCUUGACCUUCAACCUCCGGGUCCCAGGAGACGGCAAUGGAGAGCCCAGCGUCACCAGCCGAGACCAGGCCGCUGACAUCUUCCGGCCGUCGUGGAGGAGGAAGGCAGGGUUGGGAGGGCCAAAGCCAAAGGAGUUUGUCAUCUCACCCAGCCAUGGGACCAUCCGCCCCCAAGGAGCCAUGGACAUCCAGGUGACCUUGUGCUCCAACACGGUGAAGAGCUACGAAACGGCGCUGGUGGUGGACGUCAAGGGCAGCGGGGAAGACGUCCUGGCGCUCCCAAUCACAGCAAGGUGCCUCACCCCUCCGCUGCACUUGGCCGAUCCCACUCUGAAUUUUGGGCACUGCUUCCUGAGGUUUCCGUACCAGCGCAUGGCCACCCUCGUCAACGACACCAACCUCUUCGGCUGCUACGGGCUUCUUCCCCAGAAGCCUACGGAGUCGCCUGCCAUCUUGCACUCCAGCCCUGAGCCUUGUGGCAUCAUCUAUCCGCACUCCACGGUGGAGAUCCCCUUGAUUUUGGAGGUCCAGCAAAGAGGGCGGCAGGAGGUCACGGCCCUCGUUGCCAUCUUUGGGGACCAAGACCUCCCUCUGAAGCUCCAGCUGGUGACCUUUGGCGAAGGCCCCGUUGUGUAUGUGUAUCCUGCCGAGCUGGAUUUCGGCAGCAUCCCGGUUUUGCAGGACGUUCCCCGGGUGCUAACCCUGGCCAACCAGUCGGUCAUCCCGGCCCCGUUUGAGGCUCAGAUGGCCCGGCCUCAUUCUCUGUGGCGGAUCGAGCCCAGCAGCGGGAUUGUCCCUCCGCAGGCGGAGGUCUCACUCUUGCUCAUCGCUCACCUGAACGACACGGUGCUCUUCCAGGACAAGGUCCACCUGGCCUUUGAGGACAGCAUGUCCAGCAUCAUCCCCGUCCAAGCCGCGGGCAUCGGCACCACCAUCGUCACCGACAAGCCCUUCGCACCAGCCAUCGACCUGGGCCCUCACUUCUGCCUGGACCCCUGCUUCUACCGCUUCCGGAUCACCAACCGUGGGCGCCGCACCCACCAGCUCUACUGGAUGACCGAAGGCUUCCGCCCCUUCCGCCUGCGUGCUGCCAGCCUGCCCGCCAUUGGCCCCUCCGCCCGUGGCACGGGCCCCUCUCGUCAGGCCAAGGACGACUCCCCCUUCCCUGUCUUCAAGCUCCGGCCACUCCGGAUGGAGCUCACCCCAGGACAGAGCCUGGACAUGCAGCUGGAGGGCUCUUCCGACACCCCCAAGGUCAUCCAGGAGAGGCUGAUUUGCCACGCCAUCAUAGGGAAGCAGUCUGGGAAGGAGUGCAUCAUGACGGUCGACGUCUCCUGCCAAUUCAUCGCCCCCGUGCUCCAGAUCUCCUCCAAAGAGAUCACUUUCCGAGUGGAAAAGAACCCCAGGGAUGUCUUGGAGGCCCAGUACAAGCCCCUGGCCUUGAAGAACGUCUCGCCUUUGCCACUCAGCCUCUUCCUCUCGUUGCAAGAACCCUUCUGCCUCUGCGACACUGACCACGAAAAGCUGACAGCACCUCACCAGCCCUUACCGAUGGAGGUUGGGGAGACGCGGCACCUCUGUGUCCGGUUUGACCCCCUCUACAAGGACGAUCUGUACAACCGUGCGGCUGAGGAGGUCCUGACCAUCCGCUACCUGGAGCACCCCCACAUCGACCACAUCAGCCUCCGGGGAGAGGUCUACUUCCCAAACCUCCAGUUCCAGACCCUGGACCUGGACUUUGGCUGCAUCCUCAACGACACCGAAAUGAUCCGCGACGUCAUCAUGACCAACUGCAGCCCCCUUCACGUCAAGUACCGGUGGUCCUUCCUGACCGACGAGCCGGGCUGCCUCAUCCGGUUCAGCCCAAGGGGGGUGAAGCCCCUCCCGGAAGAGGAGGCCGACAAAGAGCCCGAGGCCCCACAGCCACUGCCCGCGCUCCCUCCGACCCACAGCGAGAGCGGAGAGUCCAUGGGGGAAGAAGCUGGGGAAGAAGCUGCCCCAAGUGCCACUGGAGAAGAGGUUUCGCUGAAGGAGCCCGCAGAGCCCGUGGCAGCAGAACCUAGUGUCUCCGGUCAGUCGCUACGCCAUGCAAUCGCUACCGAGUGCUUGACGGCAGCUGCGGAAGAAGCAGGGAAGGAGCUCCCAAAGAAGAGCCCACCGGAGGCCAGGGAGGUCUUGUGGUGCGUGGACUCCGAGGAGCAGCACCUGACCGGCGUAGAAGAAGUGUUCGACAUCAUGCCCCUCUUUGGGACCCUGCUUCCCAAAGAGACCCAGAAGAUGUCCUUCACCUUCUACGGCCACGCCGACAUCGUCGCUCGCGUGAAAGCCCUCUGCGAAGUGGAAGGGGGCCCCACCUACGAAGUCUUCCUGAGUGGAGAGGCCUCCCUGGUCAGCUACGCCUUCGACCGGAAGGAGAUUGACUACGGACUUCAGCUCUUCAACCACAUUUCCGUGGCGGAGAUUGUUCUGAGGAACACAGGGAAAGUUGGGUUUGCGUACUCAGUCCUUGACAACGUCUUGGCGUCUGCUGAAAGCCCUCCGCCUGGAGUUCCCCUGACGCUGCCUGUGACGAGUUAUAUCGCAUCAGGAAAGGAGCAGGUGCUGAAGAUCUAUUACCUGCCGGGCGUUCCCGAGGUCUUCCAAAGGACGUUCCGGAUCCAAGUGGCCCACCUGGAACCCGACAGGAUCACCUUGAAAGGGGAGGGCAUCUUCCCCAGGAUCUGCCUGGAUCUGCCCAGGAACUUCCGAGGAAAUGAACGGUACAGCACGCUCCUCAGGGAAGCCCGGCAGCGGAUGGAGCAGGAAUCGCAGAAGGAUUCCGUCAGCAACUCGGAGGAAGCGCCCACGGAGGAGCCGAUGGAUGCCCAGCUGCAAAUGGAAGUGGAGAGGCUGCUGAUCCAAGAGCAUGCCCUGGAGCAGCAGCGGCUCCUGGCGGGCAACGACCCUUCGGAGGACUCCAUUGGCAUCAACCAAAAAGUGCGCCGGAAGCUGGUCAAGGCACAGCUCCCGGAGUACAUCCUGGACUUUGGCUACAUCAUCCUGGGCACCGUCCGGAGCCACAUCGUCAAAAUCACCAACACCAGUCCCUUCCCCGUCUCUUUUUAUGCAGACACGCGGAACCUGCAGGACUCAGGUUUCUGCACCGGGUUGGAUCGUGUGAAGAACCUUCCCUUCUGCGAGACGGAGACCUUUGCCGUGCUCUUUGACCCGCAGAGCGCCAACCGGCCCCUCGGAGAAGUGGAGGUUGUCCUGCCCAUCAAGGUGAUCUCCGGGCCCACCUUCCACGUCUCCUUCCGGGCCACGGUGAUCAUGCCGUCCCUCUGCAUGUCCAACGAGAACCUGGACUUCUCUGCAGUCCAGUGCGGCCAGUGCCAAGUGGAGACCAUCCAGCUUCACAACCAGCUGCAGGUGAACUGCGAGUGGUUUGCUCACAGCAGCGAGCAAAUGAAGAAGGUGGACAAGCACAUGCCAGCGGCCUUGCGGCGGAAGUUGCGCCAUGAACUGAAGACCAAGCCCUUUGUCUUUGAGAUGAUCCCUCCCUACGGGAUCCUGGGCCCCGGAGAGCGGCUCAACGUCCAGGUCAAGUUUGCCCCAAGGGAAGAGAAGUCCUACCGCCACUACAUGAUCCUGAGCAUCGCCCAGAGCACCCAGCAGCUGGUGCUGACCGUCUCAGGACAAGGCCUCGAGCCGCGCCUGGAGUUCAACCCCUCCAUUGUGGAACUGGGCCCCCUCCUGCCUUACGCCUCGGGUGACGAGGCCGAGGUGGUGGUGAAGAACCCCUGCUCCUUCCCCAUCGAGUUCUACUCCUUGGAGUUCGACCAGCAAUAUCUCCUAGAAGAACGGAUCCUCCGCAUGCUGAAGGGCUACGACUCCCACCACGUCCUGCUGCUGCCGCCCCGCAUCCCUGGGGAUAAGCUGCCCCCCGAAGUCCUGGAGUUCUAUGAGGAACAGAAGAAGAUCCUAGGUGACCAGGAGGCCACCAAUGUGGAAACCGUAGACGAAGACGUGGCACCCCUUUCUGAGCCCGGAAUGAGGCCUCAGCCUUCCAGCACCGGGCAAACCGUCUCAACAGUUGGCUCGCUCCUUCAUUCCCUCUCGGUCCAUGAGGACAACCGGAGCUUCAGGAUAGAAUCUAAGCUGGACCAGGAGGAGGAAGAGGAAGAAGAGGGGACGGACAAAUGCCAAGCGCAAGCAGGGAGCCAGCUCAGCCUGGUGGCCAAGCACAAGGAGGCCGUGGGAGAGCUGGACAACAACCCCGUCUCCAAGGCCAUUGCGCGCCACUUGGGCAUUGACAUCUCUCCGGAGGGGCGGGCGGCCAGGAACCGCAGGGGCAUCGCCAUCAUCAUCCACGGAGCCCCCCUGACAGGGAAGACAGGGGCGGCUGUGACCAUGGCCAAGCACUACAACGCCGCUUGCUUGUCCAUUGACGCCAUCGUGAUGGAGGCCAUCUCCGAGCGGAGCAGUUUGGCAGGGCUUCGGGCGCGGGAGCUCUGCAUCCGAGCGGCCAUUGAGCAAGCCCAACGAGAAAACGAGGAAGGAGGAGGAGGCGAAGGGCAGCCCGGUCCGAGUUUGGGCAGCAGGCUGAGUGGCGAGGCCUUGGCCAAGCACCCCUCCGAUGGCAGCCAGCACAGUUCGGAGUCCAAAACGGGGCCCCUCUCCAACCUCUCCAGAGGCUACCGGGGCAGCACCGUGACCACGAAGGGGAAGCCGGAAAGCCACGGGUCACAAAAGCCGGAGAAACCGCCGCUGCCACCAUCGCAGCACCCGCAGUCGGAUCAAUACGGCUCCCAGGUGAGAGCAGGGCAGGUCAUCGUGGGAUCCUAUUUCUGGGGGAAAGAGCUCUCCUCCCAGGUCCCAUCCAGCCCCAUUCCCUGCGGUCCCGUGCAGCGGCGCCUCAGCCUCAGUGCCAGCGUGACAGGAGACUAUGGGCUGAUGAGCUGCGUGCUUCCCGAGGAGCUCUUGGUCGAGAUCCUUUCUGAGAGGAUGCAGCUCAACGACUGCUAUCGCGGGAUGGUGUUCGAUGGGCUGGAGACCAUCUUUGCCCGCAGCAUGACGUCCGCCCUCCUCUGCGUCCUCAAGGCCAUCAACAACCGGCGUUAUAUCUAUUUCGUGAACCUGAUCCAGGACUUUGCCGCGAUGAAAGCCAAAGAGAAAAGCAAACAAGAGCAAGAAGAACGAGAGCAGCAAGAAGCCAUUGCGCGCGAGAAGGCGCGUCUCCAGGAUAUGGACGAAGAGGAGUACGAUGCCUUGACCGAAGAACAGAAGAUCCAUUUUGACAGCGAACUCUUGCAGGCUCUGCGGGAGCGGAAGAAAAGGGAGCAGGAGAGGAUGGCGCGGGAGCUGGAGGAGAAGAAGCACCAGCAGGAGCUGGAGCGCCUGCGAGAGGAGGAAGAGCUGCGGAAGAAGUCGAAGCGGUACAAGAGGGAAGUCGCCAAGGAGAAGGAAGAGGCCGCCGCUGCCGCCAGCAAGAAGGGCCAGCAAGCAGGCAAGCCGAAUGCCACGGUCCCCUCUCUCAAAUCGGACGGUAAGCUGAAUGAAGGGGUCGAGCGCAAAUCCUCUACCAAGGACCGCGCCGAGAUGGGCCUCAAUGACAAGGAUGAGAAGAAGAAGAAGAGCAAGCCGACAGGGCCGAAUGAGCAGCCGGCUCUGGCGCAGGAGGAAGAGGAGGUCGAGAAGGAGUUGAUGAGCGAGAGCGAGAAAGCCCUGGCUCAGCGCUUCAAGCUGUACGAGGAGGCGCAGAAGGAGCUCCUGCAGACGCUGAUGUUCUGGGACCGGGUGCAGCUGGUGCAGCUCCAGCCGCCGGGCUCCGAGGAGAAGGCGGACGAGGCCGAGGACCAGCGCCAGGCCCCCUCGGGCCGCAAGGGCCGCAAGGACCGGGAGCGGGAGCGGCAGGAGCGGCUGGAGAAGGAGCGGGCCGAGAAGGAGCGCCAGGAGCGGGAGCGGCUGGAGCGGGAGCGGCUGGAGAAGCUCAAGGCCAUGGAGGACCGGGCCUUCGGGCAGGAGGGCGAGGGCGAGGGCAUCGACAUUGGCGUGCCCUACCUGGAGAUCCAGGUGCUCAGCUCCGAGGAGGCCAGCGGCAAGAGGAUCCUGGAGAGCGGCAAGCUGCCGGAUGUGGUCCAGGUCUUGAACGGCUUGGGUUUGGGACCCUCGGGACCCCCCAUCCCCCCCACAGCCUUCUUCUCUGUGAUCCCGUUCCCAGAGAAGCGUCCGGUGCUGGUGACAGGAGAGGCUCUCAAGCACUUCACCUUCCUGACCUCCGAAGACGCGAAUGCGGAAGAGGACAAGAAGGACACCGAGGCCAGCUCCGAGGCGACGUCCAGCCUCCCGGCCGCCAAGGAGGAGCAGGUCACCCCGACCCGCGGCAGGGCCAAGAAGGAGAAACCUGAGCCGCCGCCACCACGCGAAAACCCCAAGGAUAAGAAAGGGGCGGCACGGGGGCGGAAGGGCGCUCAGGCCAGUCCUGGCACCGUCGCCACCCCCACCGAGGUGGACCAGGGCAACCUGACGGCCGAACUCUCCAGCGAGAAGCUCACCAGGGGCUUUUCCCCUUGUAGGCUGAACCAUUACCGCUGGAUCGUCCCUGCGAACGGAGAGGUGACCAUGCGCCUCCAUUUCGCCUCCAACACGACCGGGCUCUUUGAUCAGGUCCUCAAUUUUGAGAUUGUGGGAACUCGGCGUCAAUAUCAGCUGUACUGCCGGGGAACCUGCACGUACCCCAUCAUCUCCACGGACCCCACGGUCGUUUUCCCCCACCGCAAGAAGACUAUGAAGCCCGACGAAAUGGUCUGCAAAAAGUUUGUCAUGAGCACGAAUGUGUUCCACUUUGGCCCCUUGCUCUGCGGGAAGUCGAGAGAGAAGUACAAGGUGUCUCGAUACCCGAACCACUUUGAGAGGAUCACCAUCCUCAACAUCUCCCCUUUGGAGGCCGAGGUGCAUUUCUUCUUCCAGUACGACUCCAGGGCCAUCACCUACCUGCUGGACCCUUGCUCCCUCACCCUCAAGCCCAACGAGAAGCAGCUGCUGACGGUCUGGGCCUAUCCCACGGCCAGCGGGAUCUUCGAGGACAACAUUGUCUGCUGCAUCAAGGAUAACCCGGAGCCCAUCACCUUCCGGAUCUCCUGCCAAGGGGUCCGCCCAGAACUGGAGCUGGACCGCCGACAGCUGCAUUUUGAAAAGGUGCUCCUCCACAGGAAGGAGACCAAGUCCCUCUACCUGAAGAAUGCCACUCCGCUGCCGGUGGCCUGGCGGAUCAGUGGCCUGGAGAACAUUGGGGACGACUUCAGCCUCUCGGACGACACCGGCGUCAUCGGCCCUUUCUCCGAGUACUGCCUGCUGGUGAACUUCAAGGCCUCCAAGGUCCUCAACAUCAAGAAGGCCAUCCGCCUGGAGGUUUCAGACGCAGAGAACAUUCUGGGGAUUGUCCAGAUUGAGAACAUCCAAAUUGUUGCUGAGGCCUACGAUGUGGCCCUGGACAUCAGCUUCCCUAAAGGUACAAACGGUGGUGUGGAGCUUGGGAUUGUCAGAAUAUUGGACGAAGCGAAGCAGAUUCUGUCCCUGAAGAACAAAGGCAAAUACGAGAUUGGUUUUAGCUUCAUGGUGGAAGCCACUGACCACAGCAUGCCUAACCUGGGCUCGCUGUUCUCAAUCCAGCCCCAGAAAGGGAAUCUGAGCCCCACAGACCGGCCGACUCAGGUCCAGAUUGUGUUCCAUGCAAAGAGAGAAGUGAAGAUCGAUGACAAGCCUGUCCUGCAGUGCCAGGUCAUCGAGCCCAAUUUCAUCGAAGGAGGGGAGACGAUUGCCACCAUCCCGAUCCGGCUGUCCGUGCACGCCGCCUUCUCCAAAUACAGCAUCACCCCUCCCUCCCUCAUCAAUUUCGGGCCGCUGAUGAUCAACUCCCGGAAGAGCAGCAGUUUCACCAUUGAGAACAAAGGCACCCUCGAUUUCAAGUUCAUCAUCUUCAAGCAAAUCCGAGACAUAGCCAUCCCGCUGAGGAAAGGAAACUCUAACAUCAAAACCUCCCGUUCGCGGGAAGCGGACCUCAGUCGGCAGAACGUCCCGCAGAGCCUGGGCCGGCAGAGCAAGCCAGCCGAGUCCCUGCAAAGGGAUAUCAACCUCGUGGCUCAGGCUCGCUUCUCGCUCGGCAUGUUCACGGUGUACCCCGGCUUCGGGACCAUCCUUCCCGGAGGCCACCAAGCCAUCACGGUGGAUUGCUUUGCCGACCAAGUCGGGAAGAGCGAGGAAUACUUGAUCGUGGAGAUCACCGACAGGGACCCCGAGGACAACCCGGCGGGCAUCCUGUACAUGCUGUCGGCCGAAUCAUGCAUCCCAGGCUUUGUGACUGAUGAUGCCAAGAUCAUCUUCGAGGAGCACCGGAUCUGCACCCGCAGCAGCCUGGACCAGGUGCUGAAGAUGGUGGGCUGCGAAGGCGUGUUCGUGAAGGACGAGAACAAGUUCGUCUUCACCAACGUUCUGGUGGGUCACCAGGCCAGCGCCCGCUUCAAGAUCUUCAACAACGGCCGCAUCCCCUGCGACGUCAUUCUGGCCACAAAGCCCAUCUCUGCCAAGUCCCCGGUCCGGAUCAGUGACGUCUUUGAGAUCCACCCCGUGCGGAUGUGCAUCCCCAGCCGCUCACACGCCUUUGCCACGCUGACCUUCUCGCCACAGACCAUGCAGAGCUACCACUGCAUUUUCGAGGCCUCCAUCGAUGCUCCUCCCAGCGUGUCUUCCAAAUCCAAGCACCUGCACUUCGAGGUUGUGGGCGAUGGGAACCUUCCCCAGGUGACGGUGGUGCGCCCCGUGCUGCGCAACAAGAAAGGGGCUCCGCUUCUCCUCUUCCGGAGGCUUCUGCUGGGACACACAGAGACGCUCCCCCUCCUCAUCAAGAACAGUGGCAGCACCCUCGUCCAGGCUCGCUUCUCGCUCGGCAUGUUCACGGUGUACCCCGGCUUCGGGACCAUCCUUCCCGGAGGCCACCAAGCCAUCACGGUGGAUUGCUUUGCCGACCAAGUCGGGAAGAGCGAGGAAUACUUGAUCGUGGAGAUCACCGACAGGGACCCCGAGGACAACCCGGCGGGCAUCCUGUACAUGCUGUCGGCCGAAUCAUGCAUCCCAGGCUUUGUGACUGAUGAUGCCAAGAUCAUCUUCGAGGAGCACCGGAUCUGCACCCGCAGCAGCCUGGACCAGGUGCUGAAGAUGGUGGGCUGCGAAGGCGUGUUCGUGAAGGACGAGAACAAGUUCGUCUUCACCAACGUUCUGGUGGGUCACCAGGCCAGCGCCCGCUUCAAGAUCUUCAACAACGGCCGCAUCCCCUGCGACGUCAUUCUGGCCACAAAGCCCAUCUCUGCCAAGUCCCCGGUCCGGAUCAGUGACGUCUUUGAGAUCCACCCCGUGCGGAUGUGCAUCCCCAGCCGCUCACACGCCUUUGCCACGCUGACCUUCUCGCCACAGACCAUGCAGAGCUACCACUGCAUUUUCGAGGCCUCCAUCGAUGCUCCUCCCAGCGUGUCUUCCAAAUCCAAGCACCUGCACUUCGAGGUUGUGGGCGAUGGGAACCUUCCCCAGGUGACGGUGGUGCGCCCCGUGCUGCGCAACAAGAAAGGGGCUCCGCUUCUCCUCUUCCGGAGGCUUCUGCUGGGACACACAGAGACGCUCCCCCUCCUCAUCAAGAACAGUGGCAGCACCCUCGUCCAGGUGAUGAAACACGGAGGGUCCGUUCACAGAAUUAGGGCCAGGAAACCUCACACGGCCUCCCUUCUCCUCUCCGUCGGGGAAUCGGCCGAGUUUGAGGUGGUGUUCCACCCCAGCCUGACCCAGCGGCUGGAAGGGCAGAUCCGCCUCUCCAUCCUGGACAACCAGUACGAAGAGACCCGGAUCCAGAUGGUGGGCGAGGGCUACCAGGAGGACGUCACGCUGGACAACAUCCGCAGCUUGGCGGCCGACGGCGAGGCCGGGAGUGUCGAGGCGCAGCUGGAGGAGAGCACCGCAGAGACUGCCAGGUUGGACCAUAUCUGGUUUGGGGACUGCCAUGUUGGGAAGCCCUACCAGGCCGCGUUCACCAUCACCAACCACAGCAAGACCGACGCGAUGAGAUUCGAGUGGCCUGCCCUGAACCCGCAUUUGACCUUCUCCCCACAGGUGGGCCACCUCCACGCAGGUUGCUCAAAGAACACCAUCCUGACCUUUAAGGCCAAAGCUCCGGUCAGCAUAAAUGACCAGUUGCUCAAGUGCAAGGUUUCCAGGAUCGCCUUCCCGCAGCCAGCGGACCAGGUGCCUGACUGGGAUGACCGCCAGCAGACCGUCAAGUGGGUGGACGUCUCCAAGGCUGGCACCAACCCUCGCCCAUCGAAGAAGAAGGUGAUUGAGAAAGAUCCAGAGCCAGCGUACCUAAGUCUGGAGGAAGGCGGCCGGGAGCUGGAUCUUCGGGUGAGCGCUGUCGUGGACUAUGCCCAGUACAAGAUGGAGGUGGACUCUGUGCACUUCAAGGACACGUUGCUCUUCCAGACAAGGGUCUUCCAAGUGGAGCUCUUCAACACAGGGAAUGUGCAGCUGGAAUACACCUGGAAAGUGGUAGUCGAAGAGAGCGCGAGGAUGGUCAACUUUGCGACGGAACCUGGGCCGACAAACACCGAAGACGCAAUGUCAGCAACCUCGGCAACGUCCAUCAAGACCCAGUGCAGCCGCCCGUCCAGCCAGCUGGGGAGCAUGCUGGAGAGCUUCUCCUCGUACCUCUUCCCAACGCCCACCCGGCCCCCGUUCCUCCUGGAGCCCCGGAGCGGCAUCAUCCCCCACGGGAGAUCCCAGAUCCUGCAAGUGAAGUUCUCUCCCCAGGAAGUGGGCGAAUUCGAAGGCCACCUGUUCUGCAGCAUUGUGAACCUGAAGGAGAAUGAGGGAGGCCCGGUCGUGACGGUGAAGGGGAAGGGCCUCCUCCCCUAUUGCCAUUUCGACCUCGAAGACUCCGAUUACAUCACGGCAAACAGGCGCAACCCAGAGCUGCGGGGACCAGGUGGGGCGGGCCUCGACCCCAACACAAAAGUGAUUGAGUUCACCUCAGUGGGCAUCCACGUCCGGAACACCAAGAGCUUUGUGAUCAUGAACCCCACCAACACGCCCUACUCGUUCCAUUGGACUUGCCAGCAGAAGCCAGAGGAGAGCAAGGAGCACCCGGUCUUCAUCUGCUUCACUGACCGGGGUCAGCUCCGGCCGGAGAAGACCAUGGAGGUCAUCUUUGAAUUCAUCCCACGGCACGUGGACAUCACGGAAUCAUUCUGGUCCUUCUCAAUCCCCGAACUGGACAUUGUGGUCCCAUUCCUCCUGGUGGGCCACACUACUGACCCUGCGGUGUACCUGGACCGAUCCCACCUGAACUUCCACUCGCUCUUAGUCGGACACGAAGCUCGGGAAAGCGUCGACAUCAUCAACAACGAGAAAGACACCUACAGCUUCUCUUUCAGAGACGGCUCCCGCUUUUCCGAGGGGCGAAUCAACAGCCUGAAAGUGCAGCCCAUGGAAGGGUCCAUCCUACCAAGUACCAGGGUUCCGAUUACCAUCUUCUUCACACCAACCUUGGAAGGGGAGGUCAACUUCAACUUGAUCUGUGACGUCAAGAGGAAGAGCCAGCCCCUUUGCCUGAACGUCAAAGCCACCGGCCACGCCAUGAGCGUCUCCGUGAAGCACCAGAGAAGUGACGGCUCCAUGAUGGAGCUGGACGCAGACCAGGCAAACCCACUCCCGUUUCAUGAGAUGCAAGUGAACGACUUCACGCAGUGCAAUUUCUACAUCCUGAACACGGGCAAGUUCAACUUCUCGUUCUCGUGGGAGUUCUGCCAUGCCAAAGCAGUCCAGCGCUAUUUCGCCAUCGCUCCGGAGAUGGCUGUGGUAGAAGUCGGAGAGCGGAUGGAGGUGGUGCUCAGCUUCCAUCCGCUGAAGACGUGCUCCUUGAAGGAUGCUGAGCUCAAGCUUCAUAUCAGCCACGGCCCCACGUUCACCUGCGCCCUUCAAGGCGUGGUUGUGGCUCCCAGCGUCCACUUCUCCUUCACCAAAGUGGACUUUGGCAACUGCUUCAUCUACCACGCCGGGAUGCCCAUCCUCAAGCGAACCCUCAUCAUAACAAACAAGGAUAAGAAGGAGGCCAGCCUGAACUGCUUGUUUGCCAACACGGCUCACCUGGAGCUGGGCUCCUGCCCCGAAGUGCUGACUCCCGGAGGGAAGGCCGAGAUUCCCAUCCAUUUCUAUCCCCGAGAGGCCGUCUCCUACCACGAAGUCGUCACCUUUGAAAUCAACGGGCUCUUGCAGCGGACGGUCGAGGUCUCUGGGAGAGGCAUUGAGAUGAAGAUUGACGUUGUGGAACCUCGUAGCAAGGUGCUGAAAUUCGGAGCCGUGCCUCCGGGACACACGGCGAAGAAGACGGCCACGAUCGUGAACAACAGCGUGACCUUUGUCAACUUCCAGCUCAACUUUGUGUCCUCCGUGCCGGAGCUGCACGAAGAAAAGGUGCUCACCAUGUCUCCUUCUGGAGAAAUCAGCCUGAAGCCCAAAGGAGGCACCUGCCAGGUGGAGGUGACCUUCGCUCCCCGGACCCGCCUCCUGCCCUUCACGGAGGAGGUCCUCUUCGAGUGCCACGAGGUCCUGCGCACCCUCUUCGCCAUCCAAGGCUGCAGCCAUGGCAUCCAAGUCAGCCUGGACCAGGACCACGUCCCCUUCGGAGCCGUGGUGCUGCGGAGCCAAGCCUCGCGGCGCAUCGUGAUGCAGAACACAGGGGACCUCGGAGUCGGGUUCAAGUGGGAGGCCAAGCGCUUCAAGCCCGACUUCUCCAUCCGGCCCCUGGAGGGCUACAUCUCGCCAGGGAUGGACGUCUCCUUCGAAGUGACCUUCCACCCCUGCGAGCACAGCCCGGACAUCUGCUACGAGAACCUGCCAUGCCACAUCCAAGGCGGGGAGCCCCUGAGGCUCACCCUGAGCGGCUGCUGUGUGGGGGUGCCCCCCGUUAAGGAGGUGGUGCACUUCAUCUGCCAGGUGCGGGGAAAGCACACGCAGACCAUCAUGCUUUCCAACAAGACCAACCAGCCAUGGACCCUGCAUCCCAUCAUCGAGGGAGAGCAGUGGAAGGGGCCCGAGUUCAUUCGGGUGGAAGCCCACCAGCAGAACAAGCCCUAUGAGAUCACCUACAGGCCCCUGGCCAUGAACGCCGAGAACAAGAAGGAUCAGGGCUCCAUCUUCUUCCCGCUCCCUGAUGGGACGGGGCUGCUCUACAACUUGCAAGGCACGACCGAACCGCCUAAAUCCGCUGGGAACAUCAUGAGAGAAGUCCCGUGCAAAACGUCCUACACGGAAUUGCUCCCCGUCUCCAACUGGCUGAGCAAGCCGCAAAGGUUCCGCGUAACAGUCGACAUGCUGAAACCGGAAAGGCUGGAGGUCACCACCACCCUGAAAACGCUGGACUACUUGGAAGUGCCAGCCUCGGCCAAGAAGGACCACAAGCUCACCUUCUUCUCUUACCGGGAAGGCAUGUUCAGCGCCAAGGUGACCUUCCGCAACGAGUCGACCCAGGAAUUCCUCUUCUACUUGGUGACCUUCAAGGCCACCCCCUGCGGCCCCCUUGGCACCAUCGAACUGACCACUCCCGUCCGGCAACUCGUCUCCUCCUCCCUGAAGGUGGAAAACCCGCUCAGUUCUCCCGUGACCUUUAACACCGACUGCAAAGUGCCUGAUAUCAACAUGCCGUCCCAGUUCACUGUUCCGGCUCAGUCCGAGGGAGUCCUUGCGUUCGAUUUCCAGCCCAUGAGACCUGGAGAGAGCGGGGGCCGCCUGGCACUCAACAGCACCGACUUGGGCUCCUUCCAGUACGACCUGGUCCUGAAGGCCACUCCACCCAGGGCAGAGAAGACCCUGCACUUCAACGCCAUGCUGGGCAGCAGUCAGAACGUGGUGGCCAAGUUUGUCAACUAUACCCGCCAAAAGACAGAGUAUUCUGCCAAGAUUGACUGCCCGGACUUCCACGUGGACAAAGUCGUCAGCGCGCCCGCGGGCUCCCAGGGGGGCUCGGAAAUGGGCGUGGAGGUGACCUUCGAGCCCUGCCAGCUGGGGGAGUCGCGGGGGACGCUGGUCCUGUCCUCGGCCGCCGGGGGCGACUACGUGAUCCCCCUCUGCGGCACCUGCGUGCCCCCCAAGCCCCAGGGCCCCAUCCAGAUCAAGGCCGGCACCACCACCACCAUCCCCUUCAAGAACGUCUUCCUGCAGUCCAUGUCCUUCACGUACCUCGUGGAGAACCCCGCCUUCACCAUCAAAGCCACGGAGACCAUCCGCUCAAAGAAGUCGGCCUCCAUCUCGGUCUCCUUUGAGGGGAACCCCAGCAGCACCAAAGCCCCCGUCACCAGCAAACUGGUGGUCUCCUGCCCUCAUGCCGCAGGGCUGGGCGCCGGGGUCUCCUGGGUGUAUUACCUCAAGGGCAUCGUGCCCGAGAAAUGAAGUGUGUGGACAUCUCUGGUGGUUGUCUCUCUUGUUUAGUGGAAGCCUUGCCUUCCUGCUUUGGAAGAGCGAAAGAAGUCCUGAUGGGACGACCCACAGAACAAGCAGCGAGGAGGGCUGAGGAGUCCGGCACGACACAAACUAAACGGAGCCAAAGACAGGGAGACCCUUCCUCUAGAAAGGCAGCAGCACACUCCACGGCAUCCUAUUUAUCUUCAGGUAUUUCCCCCUCCAGAGAAAGGUCAGUCUGUUAAGUGGAAAUGGGCAGGGGGAUCUCGCCACUAAGCCCUCUCUCAGGAAGUUUUGUUGCAGAAGCCGUUAUUUUGAAAUAAAGUUAUUGACCAAAAUGGAGGGGCCGGAAGGUUUGUCACAACAAGAUA